GGGAAACGGGCUUGGAGCCUGUUUGGGCCCGCGCUGAGUCCAAGCUGCAGCUUGCCAUGCUGCUUUGAAAGCACAGGGGUCCUGGCGGAGGUUGGGGGAAAGGAUGCCUGGUACAGUACUUGGAGUUGGGCCAGGAGUAUUCAUCUUAGCACUGCUCUGGGUAUUGACCUUGCUGCUCUGCGUGUUGUUAUCCAGAGCGUCUGGACUCGCUAGGUUUUCUGUCAUCCCGGUUUUCUUUGCUGCCGUGAUCAUCACAUUAGCUCUGUUGCUUUUCCCUCGUGCCAGUGAACUGCCAGACCCACCUGCAGAAAUUAAGAUUGUGGACGCCUUCUUCAUUGGCCGUUUCGUCCUGCUUUCCCUUUUGAGUGUGGUUUUCCUAGGAUGCCUCUUCCUGCUGUUGAUUCACCACAUCCUGCAACCCGUGUAUGCCAAACCAAUGAGAGUUGCCUCGUAAGAAAACAGGCUGCCCGUCGCUGGUCCCGCUUUGGCCUCAGGAGAAGACACACCUGUAACAAAGGAGAGAAAAUGAAAUUGCCUUAACCAAAAUGUUUUAUUAAUGUUUCUUUUUUCAUAAAUACAAUAUUUUGUUCCUCUCAUGUUGUUAUACGAGAUCCUGAGAUUUUCCGCGUACAGAGGUUACAAAUUCAGCUUUAUGAAUACAGUUCAACAUCGCAUCAGUUCUAAGUCUGCUUUCCAUGUUGUGGUUCCCCCUUCAGUUCACCUCCCUUAGAAAAGCUCUUUAUGAGAAGAUGCAUUUGCUCAGCAGCGCAGGUAGAGUGUAUUGAUUCUGGCAUCAUGUCAACUGUAGUGUUGGUAGCUGCCUUUUAGCCGGGGCGGUUGAUUAAAUAAAUAGAAGUUUUCACACAAUAAAUGCUGAUUUGGUUUGCAACGAGUUUCUGUUUUCCUCUCUGCUCCGCACAGAGAAACCUUGCCUAUGUAUUUCUUUGUAGUACCUUCUGUAUUUAGUGGAUUUAAUUUAAUGGAUCCCCAAGGGCUUAUUUAUUGUCUCCCCACUCCUUCCCGACACAGGUGAGAGAUGCUAAUGAGUCCCUCUGAGAAGUCACUUGGCUGAGUUGUUCCAGGAGGACAAAAUGGAAACAGAGAUCAUUUUUCUUAGUCACCAGAUGAUUUUUGUCCACUUCUAAAAAGUAUAGGGAAAGCAGCCCAUAUCCGAUUUAAUGUUUUCUCUCGGGACUGAAUCUCUUGUUGUUGUUUUCCAGAUCUGGGAGUCGCUUCCACAUCUGUACGUGCAUGCAUACACACACACACACACAGAGAG